GUUCAGCUGGUGACUAGGGCGAAGGGUGUAAGAAGUUAACGCAACCCUUAAUUUCUUAGACCAUGCACUGAUUUGCUUCUGCACAUGGAAACGAUGAAGCACAUCUUGCGUUUAUUAAAUGUCUGUUUCUAAAACAAACAAGCAGUUACGUCACUGUUGAGAAUUAAGUGCCAUUUGGAAGCGAAUAGCCCACAGUCAGUCGCUACAUUAUAGGUCAAGCAACUCCACCGUGGAUUUGAGGAUUAGGCUACUUUUAACCAUUUGUGUUUCCACGAGGACUGAAACACAAGAGACGGGGUGCUUUUGCUUAUCAACCUCAGUUUUUAAUCAUGGAGUAUAAAGUUGAGGCGCAUCGGAUUAUGAGUAUUUCACUGGGGAAGAUUUACAACUCCAGAGUUCAACGUGGUGGUAUAAAACUACACAAAAAUCUACUGGUCUCCCUCGUUCUACGGAGUGCCCGGCAAGUAUACCUUCGUGACUACUACGGCGGGAUAUGCCUGAGCGCUCAGCAAGCAAGAGAGUGGUGUGAGGGAGAGUACAUGGACUCAGAACAAGACAAAUUGGUCCCCGGUUCGACAGAGAGCCUGCCUGAAUCAGACGGGCAAAGCGAAGUGGCGGUGGACAAGGGAGAGCCCAUCAAUGUGGUCGAAUCCCCCGCGUCACUGGACGUUGAGUCUCAAGCGAGUGGCGAGCAAGAACACGCCGAAAAUGUAAUUUUGGAUUCAGGAUGCAGCGACCUGAAAACAACGGAAGAGAGCCCGGAGGCUAGUGCUACAUGUGAGGUCUCCAACGUUGUUACUACUAUCUCAUCCAACUGUAUUAGUGAUCCCUCUCCGAGUAAUCCAAAAGAGGCCACAGAGACGCCGACCGACUGCCAGACGGACGACAGUGAAUCAGUGGAGGAAAAUUCGCACAAGCCCAAAGUGCCCCGGGCGUACACUAACAGGAAACGGAGUGCCGACGACUCUGAACUCAAAGACCCCCUGCCGAAAAGAACGAAAGUCAUAUCCCCACUUCUAAUUUCUAAAAACGACGAAAAUAAAGGGGAAACCGAAGAAAUGGACACUAGCAACGUAUCGAGUUUGAUAACAAUAUUCGGUUCCAGUUUUUCUGGACUCUUGAGUAGUGAAGACGGAGCGCAGCCCGAUUCCGAGGUAGAGGACAGUGACUCAGGGCAAAUCUGUUGUGAUCAAAUGCUCAAAAACCUCAACCCUUGGAGUACUGCAAUUGUCGCUUUUUGAACUUUGAAACUGUGGUUUUGACGCUUGGGGAUAUGAAUAAAGCUGGAACAUAAAGCAAAGUUCCAUCAAAACUAUCCUCACAUACACGUGGUGGACUGAGCACCUUGUAAAAUUGGAAUUCCCCAAACAUCAUAAUGAAAGUAGGCCUACUGUAGUAGUUAUUUACAUGGAACAUCUCUUGAAAGAAUGUGCGAGAGGUACAUUCGGAAGUGAUAGUCAAUACUUUGAAACGUGCUUCUACACAAGUCGUCUACAUUGUACCAAAAGCUUUAAGUAUAAAUUGGUGAAAUAUAAUUUUUUAACGAGGGUAACGUUAAUAUGGGACUGAAUGUGACUCAAUGCUAACGCUAUCUGUUGAUAUGAAUUUGCUGGUCACUACAGUGUCUUUGUUUUAUAAAGACUUGUACAUUUGUAAUAUUGUGACUGUAAAUACUGUUUUCCCAUGUCCUACUCAAUCUAUGUAUUUUGGUAUCUGCCAUGGAUUAUGAUAAUUGCGUGAUGCUCACGUAUUAAAACAUUGUCUAACAAUUCA